AUGGAAGGAAUAUCUGGACUUCCGGCACCAUACAGUGAGGAUCCGUGGAUACAAAAGCUUAGGCGAGCAACAGUGGUUAACCGUAAGAAACAGCCCGCUCAAAGACAUGCCUACAUUAUCGGUCGACUUGAAAGCGCUCGACGACGCGAAUGGAUGUGGAUCGUCGUCGUAGCAGGUGUCGGCUUCUUCACCGAUGCAUACAGUAUCUUCUCCGCCAACAUGGUUCUACCCAUGAUAAACAUUGUUUAUUGGAACCAUUCGAACUGGGCCGAGUCGAAUGCAGUCCCACACAACUACGAGGUGGCUCUCAGUAUAGUCACUCUAGGCGGUGCUCUUCUUGGCCAGAUCGCCUUUGGCGUCGCCGCCGAUGUCUGGGGACGAAGCAAGAUGUACGGCAUGGAGUUGGUUAUUCUGAUCUUUGCCACGCUGGGACUGGCGUUGGCGUCUUCAGGAGCAGAGAACUCCAUGUCUGCUAUCACCCUGUUCUUAUUUUGGCGCUUCCUGCUCGGUUUUGGCUUGGGUGGAGAUUAUCCCCUUUCGGCGGUCAUUUGUUCAGAGUUCGCACCGACUCGACUACGCGGCCGACUGCUUGCAACGGUCUUUUUUUGUCAGUCUCUCGGACAGCUCGCUGCGCAACUGGUUGCUCUCAUCGCGGUGGCGGGCUUCCAAAACCAUCUACCCACCGACCCUGAUACGACCACAUGUGCAGGAAGCUGUAUUCGAAGUCUCGACACCAUCUGGCGUCUGCUCGUUGGAUUAGGAGCAGUGCCUGCCUUCGUCGCAUUGUGGUUCCGACUGACGAUCAUCGAGUCCCCUCGCUACACAGCAGAAGUCAAAGACAGCGUUCAGGCCGCCAACGACGUAUCACAAUUCUACCAACGCGUUAGCCUUGAUAGUGCAUCAAUAAACAGUAUAGAAGCACCCUCUCUGCAGCCGUCAGGUUCAUUCCGCCUCUCACCGACCCAAUCAGCCAACCAACCGCAAGACCGCCCUGCUUCCGCUGCCUCGUUUGCAGAACAAGACGGCACCUCCCCAUUGACAAUCUGGAAAGACUUCAAACUCUUCCUCGGGCAGAAGAACAACCUCAAGAAACUGGCCGCAACAUCCUUGUGCUGGUUCUGCCUCGAUCUCCCCUUCUACGGGCUAGGUCUCAUGAGUCCGCGAAUCACGCGAACCAUCUGGUUCGGAAGCCAGCUGCCCCAGACUAGUUUGUAUCAGCUACUCUUCCAGACCGCGUAUCAGAGUAUUGUUGUCGUUUCUUCUGGUGCUAUCGUGGGUAAUCUGCUCUCAAUCCUGGCGAUCGAUAAACUCGGACGGCGCAAUAUCCAGCUGAAUGGAUUCUUCUGGCUAUUUUUGCUCAAUGUGGUUAUCGGCGCUGCGUUCCAGCAUCUGGUGGGACAUGAUGACCCAUCGGCGUUGGUGGUGUUGUAUAUUCUCUGCCAGAUAUUCUUCAACUUUGGACCCAACACGACAACAUAUAUGGUAGGUCUCCUGGUGCUCACAUUCAGGAAAAAGGAAGCUGACCGCCAGCUCCCCGCUGAACUCUUUCCAACUCGAUUCCGGUGUACCUGCCACGGCAUCGCGGCCGCCUGCGGUAAACUCGGCUCGGUCAUUGCGCAAUGCUUCCUGGCGUAUGUGAAUUUCGGGAACGGGACGGACUAUACCAAUGUACCGGAUUGGUUGGGAUAUGCUCUUCUCUGUUUAUCUUUCUUCAUGCUCAUGGGGCUACUGAUCACAUACUUCUUCAUUCCUGACGUCCGAGACAAGGAUGGACGCAUCAAAUCCUUGGAGGAACUUACAGAUGGCAUGAUGCCAGAUGCUGGAUUUUCACGGGCUGUGACGAAUGGAUAUGCUGCACGUGGAUCAAGCCCUGAGAUGACUCAAGUGGAUGGGGAUAGUGUGGCAGUAUAA